GCCAAGCGGGGCUAUCUCUCUGGCUCUCAGAGAGACCUGGGGGCUCCCCUGCAGGAGUGCAGGCCGAUGCUGCUGUGUUUCCUGGGGCCGUAAGCAGCGCCCUGAGCUCCCUGCCGCCAGGCAGCUAGAAGGCAUAGCGAGAGGCGCUUCUCUUGGUUCCAAUUAUGACAGUGGCCACCGGAGACCCAGUGGAUGAGGCCGCUGCCCUCCCUGGGCACCCGCAGGACACCUAUGACCCAGAAGCAGACCACGAAUGCUGUGAGAGGGUGGUGAUCAACAUCUCAGGGCUGCGGUUUGAGACCCAGCUAAAGACCUUAGCCCAGUUUCCAGAGACCCUCUUAGGGGACCCAAAGAAGCGGAUGAGAUACUUUGACCCUCUCCGGAAUGAGUACUUUUUCGAUCGGAACCGCCCAAGCUUUGACGCCAUUUUGUACUACUACCAGUCUGGGGGCCGGUUGAGGCGACCCGUGAAUGUGCCCUUAGAUAUAUUCUCCGAAGAAAUUCGGUUUUAUGAGCUAGGAGAAGAAGCAAUGGAGAUGUUUCGGGAAGAUGAAGGCUACAUCAAAGAGGAAGAGCGUCCUCUACCCGAAAAUGAAUUUCAGAGACAGGUGUGGCUUCUCUUUGAAUACCCAGAGAGCUCAGGGCCUGCCAGGAUUAUAGCUAUUGUAUCUGUCAUGGUGAUCUUGAUCUCAAUCGUCAGCUUCUGCCUGGAGACGUUGCCCAUAUUCCGGGAUGAGAAUGAAGACAUGCAUGGCAGUGGAGUGACCUUCCAUACCUAUUCCAAUAGCACCAUCGGGUACCAGCAGUCCACUUCCUUCACCGACCCUUUCUUCAUUGUAGAGACCCUCUGCAUCAUCUGGUUCUCCUUUGAGUUCUUGGUGAGGUUCUUUGCCUGUCCCAGCAAAGCCGGCUUCUUCACCAACAUCAUGAACAUCAUUGACAUUGUAGCCAUCAUCCCCUACUUCAUCACCCUGGGAACAGAGCUGGCUGAGAAGCCAGAAGAUGCUCAGCAGGGCCAGCAGGCCAUGUCACUGGCCAUCCUUCGAGUCAUCCGGUUGGUAAGAGUCUUUAGGAUUUUCAAGUUGUCCAGACACUCCAAAGGUCUUCAGAUUCUAGGUCAGACCCUCAAAGCCAGCAUGAGAGAAUUAGGCCUCCUGAUAUUCUUCCUCUUCAUCGGGGUCAUCCUCUUCUCUAGUGCUGUCUAUUUCGCAGAGGCCGAUGAGCGAGAGUCCCAAUUCCCGAGCAUCCCGGAUGCCUUCUGGUGGGCAGUCGUCUCCAUGACAACUGUAGGCUAUGGAGACAUGGUUCCAACUACUAUUGGGGGAAAGAUCGUGGGUUCCCUAUGUGCAAUUGCAGGUGUGUUAACCAUUGCCUUACCUGUCCCCGUCAUAGUGUCCAAUUUCAACUACUUCUACCACCGGGAGACAGAGGGAGAGGAACAGGCCCAGUACUUGCAAGUGACGAGCUGUCCAAAGAUCCCAUCCUCCCCUGACCUAAAGAAAAGUAGAAGUGCCUCUACCAUUAGUAAGUCUGACUACAUGGAGAUCCAGGAGGGGGUAAACAACAGUAACGAGGACUUUAGAGAGGAAAACUUGAAAACAGCCAACUGCACUUUGGCUAAUACAAACUAUGUGAAUAUUACCAAAAUGUUAACUGAUGUCUGAUUGAACCCUAUUCACAUACUCACAGCUCAAUGGAACUAAUGCAGAUAUUGCAUAAUAGCCUGCAUUGUAGUCAGUGUGUUCUACAGUGUGUAUCUGGUUCUGCAUGGAAAGCAAUAGUCGUGCAAGUGACUUUUGAUCUUUUGAUUUUUGAUUUAGAACACAGAAUAUGUAUCCAUGGCUUUCAUGCAAAUCUUCAUCACCGGCUUAGGGGUUUCCAAAGAUGGGAGUCACCUAUGGAAGCCAGGAUUUCAGAAGGACACAUUGAGGCCACCUCAUAGCAAAUACAGAACCUACCACAUCAGUGUCACCUUUUCUUCCUAAUGAAAUGCACACGGCAUCUCAGAGAUGCAAUUCCCCCCACCACCCCACUUGAGCCUACCUCCCCCUUCACAGAGGAAAACCACGGUAGCUUAGCUUUAAAGUUCUGGUAAUUAUUCGAAAGGUCUUUCCCAUUUUUGCAUUGAAAAGAACACACAGUGCUGUGUGUUGGAAUUACUUUCUGUGUCACAGGCUGGGGGGUUGUGAAAUGCAGUUGCCAAGCAGACGCUCCGGAGGCUUGUGUUUCAUAACGGAAAAUACUGCAUUUGGUUUUUUCUCUGCAGUGUCGAUGUGAGGGAAGCCCAGGGGAGGGACGGUUAGGAUGACCGAAUGUGAGUUGUCAGGUUUCACAUUUGCUCCCUUAGCCCUACCGGGAAAAGCUGACAAACCAAGGGACCUCUCAGCUUCAGAUUUCACCAUUUUUGCAGGCUUCGGGGUCACAAAAACAUGUCUGAUUUCUUCGCUACACUGGAGGUUGCAGGCAUCUGCUUUCCUAGUGCCGGGGCCCAGCUACACUGACACUGCAGUGAAAUUUACCAGUGAUGCGAUAGAGCUGCAUGGGUGUUUGUUGCAUGAAUCUCAAUAUUUAAAACACAGGAGAUAACCUAUUUUCUUAGUAGCCUACACAGUAUUCAUAUUUAGAGUAUUAAUAGCCUAGGAGUGGCAUUGAACGAGGGUUGUCUUUUUCUUCCCAUCAGAAUACAAAAGCCCUCAGGAGAAAAAUAAUAGACUGUUUGGAGUGGGGAACCAAAACUUCUGGCCCUCCAGCC